AGGUGCCGACAUCAUUCCUGGUGUUGGAUUUCAAUUUCACGCGAAAAGUGUAGCAUUUUCUAGUCAAUUAGCAGUUUAUACACCUAUAUUAAGUGCAUUUUAAUUUGAAACGCCAUCUACUUUUUUUUCCUGUUUGUUCCAAUUCAGUCCUUCGACGUGAUUUCAAUAGUACACAUGCCAUCGUUCGCCAUUGUUGCACCUAUGGGACGGGCGCGAUUGAUAAGCUAAUGUCGCGAUUAAUUGCAGUGUGAUUUGUGAAGUACUGUUUCCCGAAAUAAACUUUAGACAUUUUACAAAUAAGAGGAAGCAAUAAAGUGUUCUUUUAAUCCAUAAAAAUAAAUAUCAAGUAAUUAUCGUCUAUUAUUCAAGGAUAGGAUUUAGUGUGCCCCCUACAGGACCACGUGUUUUUGCCAUUCUACGAAUCCAGUUUCGUGAAUAACAAGAAAUAUGGCAAACAGAGAUGGCAAUUUAAGGAUUUUCCAGGGACAAGUCUUUGACAAUUAUAAAUAUACCAUCAAAUUUCGCAAGGCGGAUGCCAUUUAUUACACUUGUACACGAUAUAAAAGCGGCACUUGUCGUGCACGGGGUGUAUUGAAACAUAAUGUAUUCAAUUUAUUAACUGAACAUACACAUGGACCAAAUUUGCAUGAAAUAAAAGAACAAGCUUUUAAAGAAGACCUUUAUCGGACAGUAACUGGUAGUGCUGAGCGUUUUAGGAAAAUCUAUGAUUCUCUUCGUCCUAACCUCUUAGAUGCUUCAAUUAGCGUACCUUUUGGGCGCGUUGAAAACUCAAUGCAUAAAUGGCGAAAACGAAAUCGACCUCCCGUUGUUCAUUCAUUACGUACCUAUGUGGAAACUGUAGACCGCGAAGAGUGGCAACAUUUACUUGAAUGUGAUCAAGGAAGAAUGAGUGUUUCACAUGUUGCAGCUGCUAAUUCGUCGGAAGCAGUUGUAAUUUUCAAUCCAGAAUUCGUUCGCAAAGUUGCAGUCAAUGGAUUUUUCUUCAUGGACGCAACAUUUAAGGUUACACCAACUUCAGUUGGUGCCCACCAGCUUAUGACAAUCAUGUCAAAGAAGGUUAAUAAAGCCAUACCCAUUAUUUGGGUUUUAAUGUCAAAGAAAACGACAGAAGCUUACAAAUCCGUAUUUCAAGAAAUUAAGAGGUUAAUACCUGAAUUUAAUAUGGAAGAACCAUUGACAGAUUAUGAACCUGGAUUACAGAGAGCUUUACGGGAGGAAUUUCCUGGAAUAAUACUGCAUGGAUGUCACUUCCAUUAUUGUCAAGACUUGACGCAUCGUACAAAGAACUGCCUGCGCUUGUGGACGGUUGGGAAACAAUCAUUCCCAGGUGGAAAUAUUCGCGUGAAUAGAUUAACGCGAAUCUCGCGCAAGCAUACUCGCGAGAAUAUCGCGCGAGUUUCGCGCUAA